AUGCAUGCAGCAGCAGCAGAUCCAGCAGCAGCAACAAAUGCAGCAGCAGCAGAUCCAGCAGCAGAAGGAACAGCAGAAGAUGCAGCAGCAGAAGGUGCAGCAGCAGAUGCAACAGGUGAGGGAGAAGAAGCAGGUGCAGCAGAAACAGCAGCAGAUGCAGCAGACGCAGCAGCAGAUGCAGCAGACGCAGCAGCAGAUGCAGCAGACGCAGCAGCUGCAGAAGAGGGAACAGAUCCAACAGCAGCAGCAGCAAAUGCAGCAAAUGCAGCAGAAGCAGCAGAUGCAGCAGCAGCAGCAGCAAAUGCAGCAAAUGCAGCAAAUGAUGGAUCGCAUGAAUAA